CUUGGCAGAAGGCUGAACUAGAAGAACAAUGGGUGAAUACGCCAGUUUCGUAGCGUAGUUCCUUCCGUGAAACGACUGGUGUCAGGAUUCACGUUCACCUCUGAGACUGAGACUGAACGGCUGUUGGUAGCUGCUUCAUGCGAUCGUGCUGCGUCUUGCCGGACGCUGUUUCGGAACGAGGCCAACAACUAGUACUUGAUGCAGACUCGAAUUGCGUUCAUAACGGUCGACAUCUCUGUGAUAAAAAUCACUCAGUCAUUUCUAGUUUGAGUUUAUUUUUCAAUCCAUUCAAGAUCUAGAAGCCGAUCAAUAAAUUUUGUGAGUUCGCAGUCUACUGAGAACUAAAGACUGGAGUGAUGGCGUCUGCUCCUGCUGUGUGCGCUGUGGCGAAGCCGGAGAGCAUCGAUGGGAUGCGUGUCAGUCGACGGGUGCGCUGCAUUCAGAUCGAGUCGGUGGGCCGUAUCACGCUGGACGUGGUCGAGCGAGGCCUGGACGGCUGGAGAGAGGAGACAGUUAUCUUGGCCGUAGUGUGCAUCCGCGAGGAUACGUUCCUAGAGGGUGGCGGAGGGCAGAUUGCUGAUCGCAUCCUUGAGACCAAGGAGCUCCAUGAAAGGGCCUAUUGCAUCGAGUCGCUGACACCUCAGGGCACAAGCAUGACCGUGUUCCGUUUGGCGACAAGCCUCUCCUCAGAAAUCUCUGGCGAGCUUUACAACACACAAGACAAGAAGGACUUUGCCCUUGUCGCAAAUUAUCAAAGAAGUGCUGUUGGAACGAACAAAGAAGAAGAUGAGUCCGAUCAGAUCAAGGAGAGCGGACUAUUCGCAAUAUUUAACUGGCCCGGGCACGAGCCGCUCACAACGCCCGACGGAGCUUUGAUCUCCAGAGAUCCUGGAUCGAUGUCGUCGCUGACACGCAUCGUUAUCCAGCAGGUGAACUACAGCAAGGAGACGGAUCUGUUCUUACUGCACAACGCGUUCCUCGGUCUGCGCCCGGUGACGGUGAAGAAGCCGAUGAGCGCCGACACGGAGCUCGGCGGCAUCAUGAUGCAGCCUGCCAUGGUCUCGCUGGAUGGGCCCGCAAACACGCAGACCACCAUCGCCGCCAUGGGGAAUCCCCUGUGCCACUGGCACGUGCACAACGACUUCCCGACGCGCUCCAACUUCAAGCUCUACCCGUCGUUCAGCGACAGCGUUGUCCUGUGUCGCCAGGCUGGCGCGGCAAGUAAGCUGGUGUUGUGCGAAGAGAGUGCUGCAAAGGAAGGCACCGCUCUCUUCAGUGUCCGCCAGCCCUAUGUGAACUGACAAGCAUUUUUGAAGAAUAACUUGGCGCCGAUAAUAUUUAUAAAUCCUCAUACGGAUUUGCGAUGUGCACAUCUUAUGCCGCCUCUCCACACAUAGUGUAGUAGAUUUUAUCUGCAGAGAAACGCCGAUGUUUCCACCUAGCAUAGCAAGCCUUUGUGAUUCAGAUAUCUGCUGGCACUUUAAUUUCGUUCAAUCCCCCGUCCCUUUGAUUUCGAUUUUGGCCGAAGAGUAUACGCAAACAUGAUGAGAGGUAAUGGUCGAGACGUCA